CAGUAUACAUCUGUCGCACAGCGUACCAGCUGACAGUUGCCUCUAUCGACAGAUUUCCGAUAUUUGCAUUACAAUAGCCAUACAAAUAUUAUCAGUAUUAUCCGAGAAUCUGCACAAAUGGACACAGCGUUAGCAGCAAUUCCACCUUUCGAAUGGCACUGUUCAAGGGUAGAAUGAUUCGUUUCUCCCUGUACAAGCUGGUGGUUUUGAUUUGUCUGCUAGUUGCCUUCCUCUACAUAGCCCGGUGGCAGAUAGUUUUACAUAAUGGCAGUCAGACCCAUCUGCAGCGAUUCAUGCAUACCUGCAACGUAUCCGAGACGUAUCGGGCGGAAUUGGAACAUCUCUUCGAGAAAGUUCAUCAAAUUCUCGAUCGCCAGGGAAUAACGCACAUGCUCUGCUACGGAACCCUAUGGGGUCAAAUCCGGAUGACCAAAAUGCUUCCCUGGCGUAAAAAGGCAGAGUUCUGUGUGUUCAAUGAAGAGUUGAUGGCUCGAGAGGAAGCACGUUUUCUGCGGUAUUUUUAUACCAACAAUUUAAAAAUUUACUACAUUCACUCCGAGGGUGUAUAUCGCAUAUUCUCGCAUCAUCCGGAGAAAUCUCCCUUUGUGGAGCUGAUCGUUUUCCAACGUGACGAUGCGCAAUCUAUGUACAAACGAGUCGGAUGGAAACGUCGUAUGCUACCUCCGCACUGUGACUGGACGCCGUCGCUGGACUGCUUUCCAGUACACCUGCUGGAGACAUCGCUGCCAAGGCGGAAACUGGGCCACUACUUCUACAGUGUGCCAAUGGGUGGGAUCGAGUUGCAGAAGUAUCAUUACUCACAGAACUGGUGGAAAGAUAUUCGAGUGUUGAAUUGUUGAUUCUAUAAUUGAUUAAGAUGGCCCAAACAUAAAACAAUUAAAAGAAAACGGAACGUGAUGCAU